AUGAACAGUGAAGAGGAAGGUGAGAAGGACUCUAUCUCAUUAACUGAGGAAUCUAGCAUUGGUGAUUUGGUGGAUGAAUGGAUUGAUGUUAUGCUUAACAAAGGUAUAAAAGGUUUAACUGAUGAAUUCAUAGCAUUAUAUUUCUCAACGAAGCCAUCACCAAACGAUUAUAGUAUUUUCAUGGCUAACCAAAAUUCCGGUCGGAAUCGUUAUCGGAAUGUAGUUUGCCUGGACAAUUCACGUGUUAAACUUAACAAACAUCCAUCUGGUAACGAUUAUAUUCACGCAAACUACGUCGGUACACCUUUUUCAGAACGACGUUUCAUCUGUACCCAGGCACCAUUAGAUAGCACGAUUUAUGAUUUUUGGUUCAUGAUAAUUCAAGAGAAAGUAAAAUACAUUAUUAUGUUGACAAAUUAUAUUGAAAAAGGUCAUAUCAAAUCGAUACCAUACUUUCCAUCUGAGAUUGAUAAAGUUGAUAAUUAUAACGGUAUCAUGGUGAAAUGUUUAACAUGCGAACGUCGCAUAGAUUUUGAAUGUGAAGUUUGGGAACGUUCGCUAAUGAUUCAGUCACCAGAUAUGAAAACAAUGAUUGUGACACAUUUUCAUUGGACUGAUUGGCCUGAUCAUGAUAUACCUAAUAGCUAUUCCUGUCCAUUACAUCUUCUUGAAAUGGUACGAAUGUCAUCGUCACCAAUAGUACUACAUUGUUCUGCUGGUAUUGGACGUACCGGUUGUUUGGUACUAAUUGAAUUAGUUCUCGAGAAAUUAUCAUACAAGCAAACUUGCAGUAGUAUGAAUUUUAUGCUUGCUGAAUUACGAAAGCAACGUGCUAAAUUAAUUCAGAAUAAUAUUCAAUAUCUUUACGUGCAUCGUGCAUUGCUGCAUUGUUUUACAGUAGCUGGACGCGUUAAAAAAGUGGAUGAAGUGCGCAAAUUUAUAAAAGAUUAUGAACAAUUCAUAUUUGAUGAAGCUAAUGCAAAAAAGAAUUUUUGA